UUGUAUUGAUCGCUGGUAUCUCUAUAUAAGAUGUCUGGCUAUUUGGUUUGUAAAUCGGGCUUUGGCCUUGGCAAGGUUGCCAAAUUGAUGUUGGCUUCCGUUGUGGUACUUAGUUCUUUGAGUACUAACGUUUGGGCUGACGAAGCUGAGGUGCCUCAGGAGCCCGUUGAGAAAAAGAAAGAAAGUGGUUGUUUCUCUUGGAGUUGGGAGAAGAGUAAACUCUUAUUUGACUUGACGAAAACAGAUAACACCGUAAAGACUCAGUUGUCCGACGUGUCGGUGAAGUUAUGUGACAUAGAAAAUUCAAUGAAGAAUGUUGAUGUAGACAUGGAGUUACUGAACAAACGUAUAACUGUCAUAUUAAAACAUUUAACUUCCUGUGGACCUGACAGUCCAGAUUUUGGGACUUCGGAGAACAUUGUGAAAGUACUUAAUAAAAAAGGUGAAAUCGAAUUACCCAAAAGACUCGCACAGUUGCUGUGUAAGAUGGAGACCGGUAAAACUAGGCGUUACGAAUGGGCAGAAUUCAGAGAUAAGUUCGUUAGCAUACUUGGCCAUAUGAUGGUUAACGAUUCAGUGCCUUCACAACCCACAGACAAGGAAGGUUCAAAGAAUUGGCAAAAAGAAUAUGGUCACACAUAUUAUAAAAAUUACGUAAACCUUACAAGUUACAUGAGGAAAUCCCUUAAAAACAAGCUGAACUUUGAUGGACGUAUUAAAAAGAUGGAAGCAGAAACAAUAGGCUCCACAGCUGAGACUACAUCAAAGGAAACAUCUGCAGAAGAGUAACAUUAAUCCAUAUUGCAUGGGAUCA